AUGAUUUUGGAUGUCCUAAUAGAACUCAAUAUCGUCGAUGAAUUUUCCGUUGAUUCAAACGUAACAAUCUCCACAGAAGAGUUGUACUACAAUACUUAUUCUAUAGCCAAUAAAUUACUUAGUGUUAAACCAAUGAAUAGUUCUGUGUUAAACGCCCCGCAUAUAUCGACUUCCACGUCUUUUGUUUUAGCAUUACCUAAAAUCGAUUUGCCUAAAUAUGAUGGUAACUUAAUUCAAUGGAAACCUUUCCGUGAUAAGUUUGUAUCCUUAAUACGCCGAAAUGACAAUCUAAGUAAAAUUGACCGAUUUCAUUACCUAUUAUCUUGUUUAUCUGAUCUGGCAUUGUCUUGUAUCAGUUCAUUACCUCUCACCAAUAGUAAUUAUGAUAUUGCCUGGAAGACAUUAAUGAAUCGUUACUACAUCCAACGUUUAUUGACUUCAGCCCACUUGGAUUUUCAUUUCGCCCAAUGGUUGCAGAAUCAUUGCCGUCUCUUCUGA